GGGAAGAGAGGGACCGAGACACUUAGCUCCCUUGGCUACUUCGGGAAGCCAUGGCUACCGCGGUGGGAAGGCUGGUGAUUCGGAGGCCCGGCGCGGGCGGCGGGGCUCGCUGGAGAUUUAUAGCGACGUCGCCAGCUGCCGAGCUGUCACCCACGGAGCUGACAGAAAUGCGCAACGAUCUGUUUAAUAAGGAGAAAAGUAGGCAGUUAUCGUUAACUCUCCGAACGGAGAAGAUCGAAGUUAAGCAUGUUGGGAAAACCGAUCCCGGCACUGUCUUUGUGAUGAAUAAAAACAUCUCUACCCCUUACAGCUGUGCCAUGCAUCUGAGUGAGUGGUACUGCAGUAAGUCCAUCCUGGCUCUUGUGGACGGACAACCGUGGGACAUGUAUAAGCCUCUGACCAAGUCUUGUGAGAUCAGAUUUCUUACUUUCAAAGACCCUGACCCAAGAGAAGUGAAUAAGGCGUAUUGGCGUUCUUGUGCCAUGAUGCUGGGCUGUGUAAUCGAAAGGGCAUUCAAAGAUGACUAUGUGGUUAGCCUGGUCAGAGCACCCGACGUCCCUGUGAUUGCCGGGGCCUUCUGCUACGAUGUCACUUUGGAUAAGAGACUGGACGAGUGGAUACCAACAAAAGAGAACCUGCAUUCUUUAACAAAAGCUGCCCAUACUUUAAUAUAUAGGGACCUUCCCUUUGAAACUCUGGAAGCUGAUGCAAAAGUGGCAUUGGAAAUAUUUCAUCAUAACAAGUACAAAGUGGACUUCAUAGAGGAGAAGGCAUCUCAGAAUCCCGAGAGAAUAGUCAAGUUACACAGAAUCGGUGACUUCAUUGAUGUAAGUGAAGGCCCUCUUAUUCCGAGAACAAGUAUUUGUUUCCAGUAUGAAGUGUCAGCUGUCCACAAUCUAGACCCCAGCCAGCCGAACCUCAUUCGCAGAUUUCAGGGCCUGUCUUUACCUACGCACUUGAGAGCACAGUUUACAAUAUGGGACAAGCUAUUGGAAAGAUCUCGAAAAAUGGUUACUGAAGAUGAAGUCAGACAGACAGAGAACACCGAAUCCACCCAAUAGUGUUCUAAAAUUUAAAUAUGUAUAGUAAAUUAAAAUAAAAGUUUUUAAUAC